AUGGUACUCAAUCAACUCACUGUCUUUUUUAUCAUCAUCUAUGUGUUUGAGUCCUUGACAAUAAUUGCACAGAGCAGCUUUACUCUUGCAAUUCUGGGCAGAGAGUGGGUGCUGGUCAAAAGAUUGUCACCUGCAGAAAUGAUUCUCAUCUGCCUGGGCAUCUGUCGUUUCUGUCAACAGUGGUCAUCAGUACUGUCCAAUUUUUGCUUCUAUUUUAAACUUAAUUGUGUGCUAUGGAACACAGAAAUCAUCUGGGAAUUCACUAAUGUCCUUACAUUCUUGUUCGCCAGCUUGCUUGCUGUCUUCUACUGCGUCAAGGUCUCUUGCAUCACCCAUCCCAUCUUCUUCUGGCUGAGGUGGAGAAUUUUGAGGUUAGUUCCCUGGUUAUUACUGAGUGCUGUGGUGAUUUCUUGUGUGGCAGUUAUCCCUUCAGCUAUUAGGACUCACAUCCAGUUAGAAUUGACCAUCAUGGAGCAUUCACCUACAAACAGCACUUUGAUUGAGAAACUUAAAAUGUUUGAGCAGAAUUUUUCCAAGGCUCAUAAAAUAGUUGUGUUGACUAUUCCCUUUCUCCUGUUCCUGGUUUCCACCAUCAUCCUGAUGGCCUGUCUGAUCCAGCACUGGAAGCAAAUGCAACAGCAUAACACUAGCCUCUCUAACUCCAGCCUGAAAGCUCACUCCAGUGCCCUGAGGUCUCUUGCUAUCUUCUUUAUCUUGUUCACUGCUUACUUUCUAAUGAUAGUACUCACCUUUGCAGACAUGAAAUCUAAGAAAGGACAUUGGUGCUGGGCCUGGGAGGUCAUCAUCUAUGCAAUAGUGUCUAUUCAUUCCACUUCACUGACACUGAGCAGCCCUACACUGAAAAAGGCUCUAAAAAUAAAGUUCUGGGGCCGAGAGUCUGCCUGA